AUGAACAGUAUUCGAAAACUAAAUAGUUUUAUUCGUGCCAAAAAAUAUAAACGGAAGAUUCGAACUUGUGUUUAUAUUUAUACACCACUACCUAAUAACAAAUUUGGAUACAUAAUAGAAUAUAGACGACCUGAGUUUAGCGAAAUAUUCUAUUAUAAAUAUAAAAAAAAUGCAGAUGAUACUUUAACAAAGUACGGAUACUUGAUUUCUGAACCUGGGAUAGGUUUUGGUCACAAUGAUAGUAAUCGUACGAAAAAUCAAGAAAAUAAAGGAGGACUUUGGACAAAUAAAGAUAAAGAUUGCAUAUUUUAUCAAACCGUUGCUGAUAAAACACAAAUUGAACUCGAAAACCGUUGGAUGAGCGAAAUAAGAAAAAAAGGUCGUUUGGAAAUCUAUCAAAAUGACGAUGAAAAUAAUCACAAUGAAUGGGUUGAUGUAAUGCAACAUAAUAAUAAAAUUUAUAUUUGUGAUAACAUACAACGUCGAAGAGUUGCUGAAGUUUUAGAAAAAUAUGAUAAUGAUUAUUAUAAUAAUUAUGAAAAUAAUUAUGUUAAUAAUUAUGUUAAUAAUUAUGUUAAUAAUUAUGAUAAUAAUUAUGUUAAUAAUUAUGAUAAUAAUCAUAUUAAUGACAGUCUAUCGACUUCUCAAGAUUUUGUCAAGGAUCAGGAAACUGUAGGCAAUAUUGAAGAUCAUCGUCGAUUGAGAAAUGAUCCUCCUCCUCGACCUACGUGUAUGACUGCACCUUCAGAUAAUGAACCAUCUUCUGAUACUACUAGUGAAUUUUCAGCUCCAAUUACUCCAACAACUCCCCCAUCCUCUCCAAGUGAAAUGUACUCAUCUGUGAAACCAAAUGGUUUAUUGAAUAUGAAUAUAAGACAACGCCAUCAAAGAACAGCGUCCAAAGAUAGUACAAAAAACAUUUCUUUAAAAAAUAGUCAACCUACUAAUGUUAUUAAACCUCAAAAAGUUGUUCAUUUAUCACAUCCUAAGUUCAGUAGAAAACCUCCUCUCGUACAUAUCUUUGAUCCGGAUGAUUCUUUGAUUUAUAAAAAUUGUAAAUGUGAACAUUGUAUUAUUGGUCAAUAUAAUGAGUAA